UACCCUAGCAAGCUCUUCCUCUUCUUCCUCUCGUUCAUCUACAGCGAGCAUCUCUCAGUUUGUUGAUCAUUGCCUCUGAUCGAUAUUCACGGCGGCCAUAGAUUGCGAGCUCGCUCGUCGAUCUAUCUCUGCUAUCUAGCUGUUUCUUUAACUCUCUCUCAUCAGGCCGGCCGGCCUCCACUUGGUUUCUUUUUAACAUUUCCAUCAAUCCCGUUCUGCAUUUAGUUUGAUCUCGUCAACCCCGUUCGUCCCCGUUCCCGUUCCCGAUCUGCACACGGCAGCCGCCCUCCCUUCCUCUCCUCCCUGCUCCUCUCUGAGCUAGCUAGGCUACGAGGAGGAAGCAAGCUAAGGGAAGAGGAACAAGGCUCAUGCAGAUCGAUGAACUCUUGCCUGCUAGCAAGAUAGUGACCUAGAGAGAGAAAGAGGGAGGGAGAGAGACUACACAUAGAGCAACCAAAAGACAGGGACAAGGAAGAUCAGAAAAGGUUCUUCAUUCCUGUCUCCUGGCUCUACGUACUAUAGCUGCAGCUAGCAAGCAAGCUAGAUCUUCUGCAUUUGUACAAGGUUUCAUCACAUCUCUCCGAUUUGGAUUCCAACUAAGAUCAAAGAAAGAUCGAUCGAUAGAUCCCAGCCGGCCAGUCGAUCAUCUCAUCAAUAGACGAUGGGUAUGAGCAGCACACAAGCGGCACAGACGCCGCAGCAGCUAGUUCCUCCAGGUUUUCGGUUCCACCCGACCGACGAAGAGCUCGUGGACUACUACCUCAGGAAGAAGGUGGCCUCGAGAAGGAUCGACCUCAACGUCAUCAAAGAUGUAGAUCUUUACAAGAUAGAGCCAUGGGAUCUCCAAGAGAAGUGCAGGUUGGGAGGACCUGGCGAGGAGGAGCAGAAUGAGUGGUACUUCUUCAGCCACAAGGACAAGAAAUACCCGACUGGCACCCGGACCAACCGGGCCACCGCGGCCGGGUUUUGGAAGGCCACUGGCAGGGACAAGCCGAUCUACGCCAACAAGCAGCGGCAGCUGGUGGGCAUGAGGAAGACCCUGGUGUACUACAAGGGCAGGGCUCCCAACGGCCACAAGUCUGACUGGAUCAUGCACGAGUACCGCCUUGAAACCAAUGAGAAUGGCCCUCCGCAGGAAGAAGGAUGGGUAGUAUGUAGGGUGUUCAAAAAGCGACUACCAACAACAAGAAGAGAAUCAGACCAUGAUGCACCAUGCUGGUAUGUUGAUGAAGAUGAACCCUUCAUGCAUGACCUUAACUCUCCCAUGAGCAGAAUGCCGCCACAUCACGCCAUGCCACAGCUGCAAGAACAGCACCUCCAAAUGCUGAACAAUACCUACAAGAGGGAACUGAAGCUACAAUUCCAAAUGCCAAGCCAUCAUGUUCUCAACACCAUUCCUCACGAGCUAGAGAGCCCGCCCUUCCAUUCUCUACUGGUCUCACCAGACCAUCAAACAAAUUUGCACCAUGCUCAUCACCAGCAUGUUCAGCUCAUGGAGCAUGCAGUCGACCAAGUCACCGAUUGGAGAGUUCUGGACAAGUUUGUUGCAUCUCAACUUAGUCAUGAUGCAACAAAGGGUGUAGAUUAUACUGACGAAGGAGAUAUUAUUCAGGUCAAUGAGAAGCAAGAGGUGGCUACUGACUAUGCGUCAACGUCAACAUCCAGCAGCCAAGUUGAUCCAUGGAAGUGAUGAUGCAAUUAAUCAAAACAUAUAUACCUCAUAUAGAAAUAUUAUCUUAAGAGCUACAAUAAUGAUGAUUAUCAUAUCGGAUCAACUGGACAGCCAAGUAAUUUGAUCUCUGGAAUGACGUGUAAAUAAGACUAUAUAUAUAUUGAGAUGUGUAUCAUUGUACUACUUAUUUUGUCCUUCAGGAUGUUGUACUGAAUAUACUUGAUCACUGUGUUUCUAUAUGAAAUAAGGUCAUGGAGAACUUAGAUGCUCCAUGAAUCAUGAUUUGUAAUAGGUGACACUCUUUCAGUUAUGCGAUAGUAAGAUGUUGGUCUAUCAA